AUGCGACUAAAGCAGGCAGUGCCGGCAGCGUUGGGUCUCCGGGUAUUAGUCCAGGUAUCGGUAGGUAAGGUAGCCAAAGGAUUUCUGCAAGGUCAAGUCGGGUGUUGGACGAGGCAAAAAGAAGUCGAGGUGGCUGGAAGUGGAUAUACCGAGUGGGAGUCGCGCGUCGGUGGUAGCUCUAUUAUCGUGCCCUUGCUCGAUUGCCGUUGUAUUUUUGCUGGGACCGACUGGGGCGUUGUUUAUGCUGAUUGCUGCCCUUGCGAAAACGAGAGAAGGACCAGAAAAUGUGUUUGGACACAAAGGUAA